UCCAUUUUAUUAGCGUGGAAACACGGGUUCAUCGGAGGCGUUUCCGUUGACAAUGAACGGAUGAAUUCGAACCUGCCGAGGACCAACCACCACCCGGAGCAUCACGGGCAGCGGAAGAGUCAGCGGAAGCGUGCCGGCAAAUGGAGCGCUGUGAUUGGAUGCUGGCGCUCUUCAGCAGGGGGCGUGAGGUUAAAUGCUAACCGUUAGCAUUUGCGCUCUCGUUCAUUGCCGAGAGGCGCGUUGCGGGGACGAGAUAGCACAAAGUGUUGUGGUGACUCCUGGUGCCGGCUGGACCGUUUGGCUGUGGUGCUCGUCCGGGAGUUGCAUGAGAACAUCUGCACCAUUUGCCAGUUGUGUCCGGGCCUCUGGCGUGCUAGCUCCGGAUGCUAAGCGCUAGCGAGAUGAACCCGCGCUAACGCUGGACACCAGCCCGCUGCGUCGAGACACUGCGUUUGCUUUGAGAACUCUCUUGUGUUUUGUCUGUGGCUUGGCAAGGUAAUGUGUCACGCUGAUAUGUAGUGGAGCCUCAAGUGAGUGGCCGUCCACCGCUCCUCGCUCUGUGACCGCGGUGCAUUGUGCGCCAUGUAGCAGCAGCAGCAGCGUGCUAACCGUCCGCGCGCUCCCCAUAACGCUGGCGAAAGCGUUUGCAUGGCUGGUUCUCUGUUGCACAGUCGCCUUGAGUGAGUGGCUUUGGUCAGCCGGGCUUGAGUGUCUCUGUCGGUGUGUGCAGCCGGAAGGGCCUCGCAGUUUCUGUCGUCGGUGGUUGCACAUCACGUCAGCUCGAGUCUACACAUGAGCCAUGUAAAGCACCGCCAACCGCCCGCUGUACUUUCUCGACUGGCCACGCAAGCGACGCAACAUGAACAGCUCUGGAGUCAUGCCUCAGGAGAAGAUGGAGCUGGACCUGGACAUCCCUCCUUCUCUGAUUGCAACGGACGGGCAGUUGAGAAGGUCCAACAGUGCUCCCAUGAUAAAUGGAUUAAGUGAUAACGCUCAAGUGUUCCAGCGAGAGGUCCUGAGGAGCCGGAGGAACAGCACCACUGUCGUCAACAGGCCCAACAUGGUCCCUUCGUCGCCGAUCCGGGUCCCCAGCACCCGUCUGCACCAGAUCAAGCAAGAAGAGGGCGUGGAUGUGAUGAACAGAGAAGCUGCCCACGAGCGAGAAGUCCAGGCCGCCAUGCAGAUGAGCCAGUCCUGGGAAGAAAGUCUUAGUCUGAGUGACAACGACCUGGAGAAGUCUGCGUCUUCAUCCCCGAAACGUAUCGACUUUGUGCCCGUGUCUCCUGCGCCGUCGCCCACCAGAGGGAUCGGGAAAAAGCAGUGUUUCUCUCCGUCGCUCCAAAUCCUGGUGAGCAGCAACGGCCUGACGCCCAGCCCAGUUCCCAGCCCGACCCGGCGAUUUAGCAGGCGCAGUCAAAGUCCAAUCAACUGCAUCAGAGCGAGUAUACUGGGACCCAUCAAGCGCAAAGGUGAGAUGGAGAUGGAGAGUCAGCCCAAGAGGCUCUUCCAGGGAACCACCACCAUGUUGUCGUCCGACGUGUCCAACAUGUCCGACUUGAGCUCCUGCCACUCUCCAGAGCUCCUGGACGGCAGCCUCAGCAGCAUUGGCUCGUCCACCGACUCGCCCGGCAAGAUGGAGGGCGUGUCGCCCUCCUCCUCCAGCAACUCGCCCUUCGCUUCCCUGCAGGACUUCUCCCCCAAGUGAGUGAGUGAGUGGGCGGGCGGCGCCAGCCCUGGCUCUAGAUUCUAGGGCCGUGUCCCGUGCCAGCCAGCCGGCAGCAGUUUGGAGGAAAGCCAAGCCAUGGAGGACUGAAGACACUGUGAAGCACCAGCUGCUCGUGGAGGGAGACCAUGCUUCUCGUCGGACUUUUCUUUUGGAGCCCGGCUCUGCUAACUGGAGACUUGAAGCACCGACCUGUGUGAUCCUCUGGACUACUGCUGCUGCCCGGAGAGUAUUUCUCAUAUGGUUUCCCUGCUUUGUAAGUGUGUACAUAGUUCCUUCAGAUCUGUGGCGAAGGCAGAAGAUGCUUUCGACUGGGUCUGCCACUGAACACAACAAACUCAACCUUAUUUAUGGUCAGAUGUUUAUUUUAAAAGUCUCUAUUCCCGAGGAGCGGAACACUGUCUUACAGACACACCUGCCUUUGUGUUCCCUGCGCUUCUGUCGUCGGGUCGGACCCGACCGCGACUGUCUAGUGCUGACAUGCAAUGAAGCGUUUGUUGGCCACACGGAGUCGGUUUUUGUUCUGAAUGUCUUCUUCUUCCGAGCUCAGUGUGGGACGUGCUCAGGGCACGAGUUGUUCCUGACCUUCCUGUCGGUGUCUCUCACGUGACAUGUCAGACAUCAAAUAAAUUAUUUCUUUAUCAGCUCGACUCGUCGCAUCUUGCGCUCUCACCUUUGGAAGUCACUCUCAGCAGUGACAAAAACCAGGUCGUGGAUGUUGUAAAGGAUUGUGUUGGACGGGACUUUGAUCAAAGACGUGGAGAAGGACACGUUUCAAGCUAAAACCAGAUUCAAAAGGAGGAGCAUAUUGGCUCCUUGAUGCAUGAAAGUUGCCUGAGAUGGGAGUUUGGAGAGUGACGCGAGUGUGACGGGCAGAGGCAGCGUAAGGCCGUCAGCAAACUGCACAGUGCGCAGCUUUCUUUCUCACAGCCACUGUGACCGAUCCGUUAAACCCCCUGGAAAAAGCAGCUGCUUGGAAUGGCUUCCUCCUGAUGCCUCCCCAACCACGGUCGGGCUCCAGACAACAAACGGAUGCUUUCAGUGAAAUGUCAACUGAAGAUUUAUUGGGACAGGAACCUUCACAUGCAAAGGACUGCAUUUGGUCAACACUGAAAAAGGUGAGAACACAAAUGUCAAGGUGGCUACAGGUGAAUACCGUAAGAAAAGUCUUUAUGUACAGCUCGCAUCAUCCUUCAGGCUCAUGAUGGCGACAGAGACACAGGCGAGGCCUGGACCGGACCGACACCUUUAGAUGCAUGUGAACGUCUAAGAACAGGUCUCCACAUGGUGAAUUCUUCCGGGCCUCUGCUGCGGACAGAGCCAGUAGCGCCCCCUUGCGUCAGUGUCAUCGAGCGGCGACGCCCUCGGGCUCGUCAUCACGUGCGCAGGAUGACCAUCGUGAGAAGACCUGCAACAGAAAGCAGGGCGCUCAGCGCGGCGCGG